CUGCGUCAGCUGACUCUCCCUCCUCCCUCCUUUUCCCAGAGGAGGAAGAAGAGGGCCGGGUUCAGCUUCCUCAUCGAGGGGAGUAUGUGCGCGUGCAUGUGCGUGGUGAAAGAGAACUGUACAGUGAGGUCAGAUGUUCCCCGGGUUCAGCACGUGACCUCGGAGCAAAAGUAUAAAGAAAGAUGAGGGGAGACCAGAUGCCUAACUCAGUAGCUUCUCAAACUCUGGAGAGAAAGGAAGCAAGGAGCCGAGAGUGAAGAGGAAGAGAAGAAAGAGAGCGGCCGCAGAAUAACAAAGCGAGGAGAAUGGCACAGCGCGCUGCAAGGUGAGUGGCAAUCCUGGGCUGGAGACAAUCCUUCGAAGGAAUUUACACAGACUCUCUCAUGUGUCACGAUUAGCAGGGAGGGAGGCAGGCUCUUGGUAGGUCCAGCAUCCUCGGAAGUGCGGUGUGUGUGUUGCCCAGGAGAGGGCAUUCUCUGUGGCAGCACCCAGCACUGUUGGACACCCUUCUCACCCAGAUGUGUGCCGUCUGGCACCUUCAUUGGUAUGGCUUCCAUCACAUGCUGAAGAUGCUCCUCUUUACCUUGGCCUCUGGUUGCAUAUACACUGUACAUCUUACGCACAUUAUUUCUCCUGCAAAAUCACGGGAAUCUGUACAGAACUACAGUUCCCAAGCAACAAACUAUAGAUCCCAAGAUUCUCUGUGGAGCAGUGUGUUUGAAAUGUACAUCAUUUUGUGGGACCUAUCUCUGUUGUCAGAUAUUUUGAUUUUGCUGUGGAAUGGCUUCAUUUUAUUUUUCAAACUGGGACUGUGUGGUGAAGGGCAGAAGAAAUCUCACGAAUAGAGUACUUUUGCAUUUGUACUUUUAGUGUUAUAUGGCAUCACUGUUUCUCUCGACGCCUGCAUGCAUAUAACACCUGAUGACUGAGGCUAACAUUUAAUGCAUAUGAAGAAUUAGACUACUCAUGAAAGCUUAUUAUAUCAAUAUACAUUUCUUCUUUGUUAAAGACUUUGUUGUUCAGAGGCAUGCCACUUUUUGGGGGGGGGGGGGUAUCUGAAUUGCAUAUUUCUAGUUGCAUAGACACCAAACAUUCAAAGCACAUUCAGAAUAUCUCCCCUCCCAAGAAUCCUGGGAACCGCAGCUUGUUAAAGAUGUUGGGAAGUGUAAUUCUGUGGUGGGUAAACUACAGUUCCCAGGAUUCUUGGAUGGGGGAAAUAUGCUUUAAUUAUAUGGUGCGUAUGCAGCUCCUUGCUGAAGAACAAAGGGGUCCAUUUUCUUGUCAGGAUGUUAAUUUAUCCUGCUUUGCCACAGACUGCCAGUUUACUUCUGUGCAAAAGUGCUGGUAUGUAAGAUGCUUAAGAUAACACUGGAUUUCCCCCCCUCCCCCGCCAGAAUGUCUCAGGACCUGUCAGAAGCCCUGAAAGAAAGCACCAAAGAGGUGCAUGAGCAGGCAGAGACCACAGAUUUCAUGAUGCGGUUCCAGAAGGGGCAGAUGUCACUUCAUGAAUUCAAGGUACUGUGCCUGAGUUUUUAUUCCAGAGCGGGGGGCGGGGAAGACUUUAAACACCUCGAAGAGUCUUGUUUUACAAUCAAGCGGUAUAUACGUUUUAUGAAAUCGGUCAAUAGGUGACUUUGUUGAACUACAACUCCCAUCAUCCCUAGCUAGCAAGGCUAGAGCUCAGGGAUGAUGGGAGUUGUAGUCCAACAACAUCUGGGGACCCAGGGUUGAGAAACACUGGUCUAGAGAAAGCAAUGGAAGGAAGAGGAGGAGGAGGAGGAGAAAGAGGAACAGAAACCACCAGCAAAUGAUCCCUUCAGACCUCUGCCAUGGCAAGAGCAAUCUGAAUUUCCCUUGGCAGUCCACUGGGGCAGGGGAAGGAAGUGGGGGGAAAGAGGGGGGAGGGAGAAGAGGAGGGGCAGAAAGAGAGCAGAAGAGGGGGGUACACUGAGAGAGAAAAGGGGUGACAAAAAGAGAGAAGAUGGGCUGUCCAUCCACCCCACUUUUUGCUCUAGUCCCCACUCACUACGGCUUUCCCCACUGCAACAGUGUGAGCCCUGACAGAUCACUCCCAAGGGAUUGUAGCUCUUGACAGAAAAAAUUCCUAGCCCUUCUCUGACCUCACAGAAACUGCACUUUUUUCAUUUCCUGGGCGUGUAUUGCUGAACUGCUGUAUUUUCAUUCUGUUUCACGCAGCAAGCAAGGGCAUAAAUUUCUGGGUUCAUUUCAGAACUUGAGCAAAAUCUGCCUUCCAAGUGUGCCUGUCUGAGCUACUGGAACUAGCUAAUUAAACAAAUGCUAAUGAGCUGAACCUUCUAGUAUAACCAGUUAGAGGUAAUUACUAGGCGUAAGUCCUGAAUGAGGUGGCACAAAGCACAAACACAGAUUGAGCAAAGCCAAGGGCGGGGGGGAGGUAGUAGCAGCCAUGGUGAAAUUCUGGAGAGGUGACUUGUACAUUACCCAGCAAAAACACAGUUGUAAUUGCCAUGAGAUUACCGUUCUUUGUCGAUUGGCUGGUUUCUCUUACAACAGACCAAUGUAGUAGGCAGGGAGAGCAUAAAGAUGGCAGGUCAUAAAGAGUUGGUUCAACAAUCCAUUGCUUUCUGAAAUUUUAUACACACACACACACACACACACGUAUUGAAGCAGAAGAUACUGAUCUCAGCCAUGAAAACCAAACCAAUUUUGGUGCUUAGGAACAUAGGGAUGUGCCUUAUACUGGGUCAGACCAAGCGCAGAACUGUCUACAUUGACAGGCAGCCAUUCUCUAUGGUUUCAGACAGGAAGUCUCUCUCAGCUCUAUUUGCAGAUGGCAGGGAUUGAAUCUGGGACUUCCUGUCCACAAGGCAAUUCCUCUAAGCCGAAGCUAUGGCCCUCCUUCAAGUUCCGAAAGAUUAUCAGUCACAUAAAUCCAUGUCAAGGGAAGGCGAUCACACAAAUGUGGAGAGAGAGAGAGAGAGAGAGAGAGAGAGGCCAUUUGACAUGUGUUUGGUGUCAAAUUUUUGUUCUUGGUCACUUUGUGGAAGCUCACAAUGGGCCUCUUAGAAGGCGACCGCUUCUCAGGUGUGUGGAAAUCCAGGUCUUCAAGGGCUUUAUAUAGGUCAAAACGCACACCCAGUCGCCAUCCGGGAUGUGCAAUAAUAGCCUGCACUGCUGGUUGACUAAAGGGAAGUUUUGUGUGAAGGAAUUUAGGGUGUGUUCAUAAGGCAGUUGUGAACAGGCUCAGAUGCACCAUCUCUAUUUGACCUUUGAAUCAUAGAAUUGUAGAGUUGAAAGGGACCGUGAGAGUUAUCUAGUCCAACCCCCUGCAGUGCCCAAUGUGGGGCUCGAACCUACGACCUGGUGAUUAAGAGUUUCAUGCUCUACUGACUGAGCUAUCCCAGCUCAUACUGGUGGCUGCAUCCCACUGCGCUGCUCUUUUGCCCAACUGUGCCAUAAUCAUCACAUAGAGUACAGGGAUCCAGAAUGGGAUGUACAGUCCAGACAGCUAAACUAGUGCUAGAAUCUCUCUCACCCAGUGCAUGUCCUUUGCAUUCUCCUUGCCUGCACAGAUGCUGAAUUGAGGUCAGAAGAAGCUGUAGAAGGGAUGUGUUGUUAGCCACAGUUACUAUUGAGAUGAAUGGGAAUCAUGCAGCUAUGAAACAUAACUUCCAUGUGAGAGCCCUUUUGAGUGUGGCUCUCAAAAUACUUGCCUCAAAUGGUUGGGCAAUGUGUUGCUGCACUGCCUUGCUUACUGUGUUUAGCUAGGGUCACUUCCAGGCAACCUGGGAAGGUUGCAUUCAUCUUGAAUUGUUUGCACAAAGUUUGUGGGGUGGUUAUAUAUUGGCUACAGUGAACAUCUGUUUGUGGAGUCGUUAGAUGACCUUGCAUCAUGCAAAUAUUACUCCAGAAUUUCCUGUUCAUUUCUUCCCACCACUUACCUUAUGGCAAAAUUAUCUGAUUUGGAGGAUGGAAGAGAGAGAAUGGGCUUUGCUCCAUAUUGACUGUCAUGGUGCAAUCUGAAUUUACUGGAAUGUGUUUGAACCCACAACAUAUCAACAGUCUGGAAGCACCUCAAAUCUUUCAUGGAACUUGGUUAAUGUUUAAAAUGUAUUUAGUUGUGUGUGCGUUUUGUAUUUGCAACAGGGACAAAAAGUACUUUACCAGAGAGUUUGUAAAGCAGCAACGUAGAAAUAAGUCCAAUUGCUUCUAUAAAAGGAAGGUGCUGGUGGAUUUGACAGAUUUGCUGUGUUGUAUCCAGUGGUGGCUUUUUGCUGAUGGAAAAUUCACCUGCACAAGGUGGGGCCCUCAAAAGAAGAGCCCAAAUAGAUCUGACCAAUCUAUUUCUCAACUAGUCCAGCUUCCUGUUCUCACAGUGAUCAACUGGAUGCCUAUGAGACGCCUACAGUAAGAUUACCAGACGUUCCUGUUUCCCAGGGACAGUCCCUGGAUUUACAAAUCAGUCCCCAUUCAAAAUGAAAAGUGUCCCUGGAUUCAUUGAAAAAAAAUCUGGUAACCUUAGCCUACAGGCAGGAUCCAAGUGCAGCAACAACUUAGUUUUUAUCAUUCCCCCCUACCCACUGCGACCCAAAGUUAAGAGAGAUCAGUGGAAACUGGGUGCCCCAUCUUGUGCAAAUGGAAAUAUUUUCUGCUAGGGCAAAGCCAGCAUUGGAUGGUAUGGCCAGCCCUGCACUCCAUGUUUAAGCACAUGGAACUACUGCCAUCCCAUCUAAUUCAAGUCUGAGGUGCCAGGGAUUGAACACAAUAGGUUCUCUACAUAGAAGUGUAUACUUGAUUCUGACCAAACUAAGCCUCCUGGAGCACAAUAUACAUCAGAGCACAAUAUACAUCAGGAGGCUUAAUUUGGUCAGAAUCUAGUAUAUGCUUCCAGAGUUAAUGCUAAAUACAUGACUUCUGGUAAAUGAGCCACCAUAGCCAUUAGAGGGCCGUGAAAAUUUGUGUCCUGGGCUUUUUAGACUCUUCUACCCAUGUACUAUCUGAAACCAAAGGGGCACAUUGGUUGCCAGAUGCAAAAUAUAUUGGCAUUGUUUUCAGCUCUCCUACCCCACUCUAUGGCCAAGGAAGACUUUGCAGCUAAGCUUCUCCCCUCCUCUCCUUCCUUUGUUUCAGCUGUACCUGGCUUCUCUGUACUACGUCUAUGUUGCCCUGGAGAAAGAGUCUGAGCGGAAUAAGGACAACCCAGUCUAUGCCCCUGUUUAUUUCCCAAAUGAGCUCAAUCGCAGGGCAGCUUUGGAGGAAGACUUGGAGUAUUUCUAUGGCCCCACGUGGAGGAAGGAGAUCCAGUGUCACGAGGCAACUCAGAAAUACGUGGACAGGCUACACCACGUGGGCCAGUACGAACCUGAGCUUUUGGUGGCCCAUGCUUACACGCGAUACUUGGGAGAUUUGUCCGGGGGUCAGAUUCUGAAGAAGAUCGCCCAGAAAAUGUUCCAUCUGCCCAGCACUGGAGAAGGGCUGUCGUUCUUCAACUUCCCUGGAGUCACCAACAUCAGCAAGUUCAAGCAGCUGUAUCGAGCACGGAUGAACAGUCUCCCCAUGGACUCAGCUACUGAGGAGAGAAUACUUGAGGAGGCCAAGAGAUCUUUCCUGCUGAAUAUAGAAGUGAGUAAUCAGCAAGCUACACAGUCUUGCCAUGAGGCCUAUAACUCUUUUGAAAGUCACAAUAACAUUUCUGUUGACACUCUUAGGAGAUGGUGAACAUUUCUAAGAGCUGACCAAGCUUCUUCUGAUUAGAGAUUUAUUUUUGUAAGGUGAAUCAGGGUCAUUGAAAUAAGGCAUUUUUUUUAAAGUAGGAUCAAUUACAAAGCAAUAAACUAACAUUUGACUUAUGUACAGCUUUUCCUUAGCCUCAGUGUUGAACAAAAAGAGAAAAAAUAGGAGAUGAUUAUGAUACUGGUAAUGCGGUAUGGUAGAAGCUAGUCUGAGAACAAAAAAAUGCAGGCAGCUGUGUUGGUCUGUUAGAAAAAAUCCAAACAGAAACAGUGUCAUAAAUACCUAAUACUUGUUCCAGUCUUAAAAUGUUAAUUCGGAACAUUCUUUGCAGGCUACAUCAACUUCCCUGGGAGUUAGCCCCAUUAAAAUCAGUGUCACUUACAUCUAAAUAGACAUUUAUAGGAUUGAACUGUAAGACUGAAAUCCUAACUCCACAUACUUGGAAGUAAGCCCCACUAAAUUAAGGAUAAUUAAGUAGACAUGGUUGCUGUAAGUUACUUUUACAUCCAUAGGAUCACAGGUUAUACUAAGGUUUGUUGGGACAAAAAGUGGUGGGCACAGUACUUUUGAAAAUUCUAAAAGGCAGCAGCUAUUUAAGUCUGUCCUGAUUGGUCUUUAAGAUUGCUGGCAGGCUGUGAUUUAUCUUGAGUCCGGCUCUUCCAACCUCCAAAUUAAUUUUAAACAACAACAGGAUCAACAUUUGUCAGCGAGCAUUUAAGAACUAAGUACAUACGCAGUUGGUGGAUGGCCUGGUUUAUUAUUUCUUUCCCUCUCCAGAAGGAACUAAGAAGUUCCAGUCCCAUUAAGAUCGAAACUUUCUUCAGUCUGCAGGGUUUAAAGUAGAGCUAGUUCACUUUUUGUUAGGCUGCACGCACACCAACCACUUAAAGAACAACCUUCACAGAGGAUCUUAGGAACUGCGGUUUACCCUUCACAAUGCUACAAUUCUUAACUACACCCUUAACAAACUACAGUUCCCAGGAUCCUAGAGGGGAAAUGUGUGGUGUGUACACAGCCCAGCUUCCUGAUGCAACUGGUGCUGUCCCUACAUCUUUCUUCAUUUGCAACUUACUCACAUAGGGAUACGAACACACGUGUAUGCAAGGACCAGCAUUCAUACCUUAUGCACUGGAAGAUUUGAUUGGUGCUUCUCAGCAGGUUUAUAAUGAAAGGUAGAUGUUCACAUGCUCCAAUAUAAAGAUGAAAGCAAGUGAGGAAGAUUGGAGGACCUUCAGACUUUAUUAAGAUAGGUUGUGGUGGUGGUGGUUUGCAAAAUCCUAAAAAGGGAUAGAGUGCUUUUCAGUAACAAAACGGUGAUCUAUCUCAGGUGUUCAAGGAGUUGCAGAGACUGACAAGCCAAGGGCAAACCACAGAAAACCUCCGCCUUGAGGAACCAAAACUAGACCUCCACACAAGAGGAAUCAACAGAACUCACAGUAAGAUAACUUCUUAAUUUGAGCCAUUCCUCAUCUUCAGCCGCACCGAUUGCAGCAAUCAUCCUAGGAAGCUGCCUUAUCAGAACACUGAUCCAUUUAGCUUAGUUCUUCCCAUUAUACUGUCUGGCAGCAGCCCUCCAGGAUAUCAGGUGAGCUACAGCACUUUCCCGAGACAGAUAUUUGUGCUGGCAUGGGCCUCGCCAUCAGGGGUAGCCAUUUGUGAUGCCCAUGACAGGCAGUAGUAACCUGGUUUCUGACCCUGCCUACUAUGCUCCCAAGGCAAGCUCCCUUCCUUUUAGCUCCGUUUCCCCUUGGAUCUUCUAAAUACAGUGGUACCUCAGGUUACAGAUGCUUCAGGUUACAGACUCCGCUAACCCAGAAAUAGUACCUCAGGUUACGAACUUUGCUUCAGGAUGAGAACAGAAAUUGUGUGGCGGCAGCGUGGCGGCAGCAGGAGUGGUACCUAAAGUGGUACCUCAGGUUAAGAACAGUUUCAGGUUAAGAACGGAGCUCCAGAAUGAAUUAAGUUCUUAACCCGAGGUACCACUGUAAUGGAAAGAGGAAUGAUUCCUAUCAUAGCCACUUUCCAUUAGAAAAUGUGUGUGGACCCUGCAGUUAUCAUUAAUAAAUUCUUAUGAGGUGCUUCAGUGUUGUAUAUAUAUCGAAAGAUAAGAAAGGCUCACAGCCUCAGAAUCUAAUAUACAUGAUAUAAAAGGAAAAAGGAAUGGGGUAGGAAGAGGAAAACAAGCACUGAAGCAACUGUGGCUCCAUAGGCUACCGAAUGGGGUCAGAUGGAUGUCCCCUUUGCCAUGAUGCAGGGGGUGCAGCCUCCUAAGGGCCCCAGGACACCUGGUUAGUUGAAGAGGCCAAAGUGUUAUUUUAAAAGUCUCUCCUUCUCUCACAAUCCCUCCUUCCGCCCAGCUCCCUAGGAUUUCUGUGCUGCAGAAUGUACAGCAGUUCUUUAAAUGAAAUAAGAUUCCAUCUUGCUGAAUGAGAUUUAUGCCUGUAGAAGCACAUGUAGGGCUAUAAGCCUUAUAGUUCUGAAAUGAAAAGUCGCUAUUCUGGCUCUCCCUUUUAUGGAAACUUUUGCUUUCUGUGACCACCCGCUUGCAAGGCUGUGUCCACCCAGCUGGCUCAACUGCACCAGCGCUCUGUAAUAUUAUCUUCCUGUAUCAUUAAUCUCUGGUGGCUGCUCUGCUCAAUGUACCUGCCUCGCACCCAGUGAUGUCAUCAGCGUGGCUGGAGCAUUGCUGAAUGUUCUAGAAACAAAGCACCCAACCUGACCAAUUUCCAUUCUCUUAAUAUAGGUCCAAAGGAAAGUGACCGUGUGCAAAUGAGGCAUCAGCAGAUGCUACCCAGCACGCCGCUCCUGCGUUGGGCUCUCGCCAUCUUCUUCUUGGCAACAACAGUCGGUGUGGGCUUGUAUGCCAUGUGAGCAGAAGGAACCUCAGCCAUGUCUUUCACCAGCACCUGCCUCAUCCUGAACUAACAAACCUUUCCCUUGUGGAAGAAAGCCUCCUUAGAUGGCCUAGUUUGGCCGAUCUGAGCUCAGCUGUUCUCACAUCACUAACUUGACAAAUGACAUGAAAAGACUCUUAAGACUUUAGAAAGUCAAAUCAAAUGCUGGUGCGGCAAACAUUUCUAAAGAUAUUGAAAUGCGAGAGGGAGCCAUAAAGACUGAUAACUUGCCAGCCGGGACAACUGAGGAAUAAAUGUUGCUCCUGGUACUUUGCCUAGUGUUAUGUCAUAGUACUGUCUACUGCAGACUUCAGCAACCUGAUGCCCCUUCCGUGAUAUUUUGGACUACAAGUCCCAUCAGCCCUAGCUGCCACAUGCUGGCUGAGGAUGAUGGGAGUUGCAGUCCAAAAUAUCUGAUGGGCACGAAGCUGGUCCAAUGUUGUGUUGCUUGCUUCUCCUUAUCCUGAGACAAAAAUGCAUUGCUCAAACUAUGAUUUUAUGUAAUAAUGUUUCUGUUUUAUGUAAUGAUGUUUGUUUUUGAAAUGCAUUUGUACCUCGGUCCUGUAUUUUUUUGGGGGGGGGGAAUAUAUUCUCUUGCAUCUGUAACUUGCCUUUUAUAAAUUAUGUGCUCAAUCAUUAAACCUCCCUGUGAGUAGAACGAACUGUAACCUUCUGAUUUUAAUGUUUUAUCAAAUGUGAGUAGAGCGUUUUUCUUUUCCUGUGUACUAUAUUAACUGAUGCUGAAAGGAUAUUGGGCUGAUCAGCACUCAGCCUUAAAACUAACUUACCUUUGUGUCUAAAGGCAAAACUGUUGAAUUUUUGUUUUUGUUUAUUUUAUUUUAUUUCUAUACUGCCCUUCACCCAAGGAUCACAGGACAGUUUACAAUAUAAAAACACAAAAAUAUUUAACAUAGUAACAAACAAAAUAAUAACCCACAAUUUCUUAUUUGGAAAAAAACGCAGGCACAGUGUGCUCAGCACUGGUCAAGUUUGCACAUGACACGAAGUCAUGGUUGAUUAAAUCAUGGCUUAGCAUUAAGUGCCAAGUGGCUUCACUUGUUUGUUUACUGCCAGCAAACCAUGAUCUGAAUCCAUGGUUUGCUGUUAAUUUAUGAACCUUGGUUGGUUUUAAUGAUAGUUUGGUAUUACAUGCAUGUUUGUUGGCUAUUUGCAGUAUAGUAACGCUGCAGAGAGCUUGCUGGGGAGACCAUGCAUUAAAAAGGGACUCAAAAAUAACUUAAACAAGGUUUUAAUUACAAAAACUCCUUAUACACUAAAUACAUCAACAACAAACCAGACCCAACCCCCAACCCAACCCCCAGGGUAAUGGAAGAGCUAGGUGCUGCUCCUUAUAUACUACACCCAAUUGCUGACACAGCUUAAUCAAUACAACUCAGCAGCACCUGCUAUGUUUCACAGCUGUAAAGCUGGGUCUCGUUAUUUUGCUCUGGCCCUUGCUCUGGCCCCUUAAAGACAUACACAUCGGGUGGAACAGUGAUGAACCUUUACAUUUAAAGAAACCAUUCAACAGGUUUUAAUGAUAGUUUGGUAUUACAUGCAAACCCAUCACCCUUAAUUAACCAUAGUUUGUUUAGCCACCCACACCAUAGGCACUCAUCAAACUACAAAGUCACAAGGCAAGAGCAGCUAGAAACAUAACAUAAUUAAAUUUUGGAGAAACAAGCUUGCUUUAUAGUCUGUGGGACAAUUUGUGGUUAACUUGUAGUCUGUUAAGUCCAUCGGUAUUAUUUGCAAAUUAGUUCUUUGUAAAAUCCCUGGAAAGCUAGGAUUGACACCCAGUGUUUAGGAACAGGGUGAUGUGUUGCUUCACAAGCACCUGUAAUCAAUAAAUUUGUUUAGUAACCA